AUGACAUCUAACAGGAAUGUCCACGUUCCUAUGGAUCAAUCAGGUGUAAUAACAACAACAAUUACUACUAAUCCUCUUGCCACCUGUUUGUUUUUCUUAAUUGAUGGUACUUGCAAAACUGUUGAUUUUGCAUAUUUGUAUCAUAGUUCAUAUGGUCUUAAAAGAAGCGAAGAAUUAUUAGACAACUUGAAGUUAUUAUUAACACGCUUUAUCAAAGAUUUAACGACAUAUCUUACAACAAUAACUAAAUCAAAAGUUACUAUGAAACAUUUUAAAGAGUUAAGAUUAUUCGUUGGUGGUGGAACAAAUACAACUAGAAAAGCAGAACGAAAUGCUGUAUCUCUUUUAAUUAAUCCAAAUCAAUUCAUAUAUGAUCAAAUGGUUUCGUUUUAUGACAAGAAUUGUUUUUUAUUAUUUGAUAAACUUGUGAAUCAUACAGUUAUUCGGCUUGUCCAAACGUAA